AUGCCGUCUCAAGUGUCCCCAUCCGUUGGUCAUCAUACAACUGUCCAAAUCGAAGGAGAGCAGUCAACCAAUGUUGAGGAAUCAAAAUCCUUCUGUAUUGGUAUUCUGGCUCUUGUCUUCGCCGUCAUCGUCCUUGGCAUUAUCUUCAUCUUCUUCGGAAUGCCAGCAUCGAACGGAAUCAAACUCGAAUUGUUCGAGGUCUCAAUGAGUCUCCGAGAUCUCAACAGAUUCUUUUCUUGCUGGUUAAACAAAACAUCUAAUCAUCGGUUGAAGCAUCUAUCGGUACUGUCACCUGGACAUUUCAAUGAAGGCAUUCUUCUCGGAGGACUAGAUGCUACUCGUUUCACUGAAGAACAAACAAGAAAAUUCCAAUCAUUAUCUCCUCUACCACGACUCACUGGAGGAUUCGAAGUGAGAAGAAUUGAUGGACAGUUGGCAGCUAUUACAUUUGGAAGUAUUUUUGGGAAUACAUUCAUCAAUUUUGACGCUUCUCUAAUGCCGUCUCAAGUGUCCCCAUCCGUUGGUCAUCAUACAACUGUCCAAAUCGAAGGAGAGCAAUCAACCAGUGUCGAGGAAUCGCAAUCUGUCUGA